UUAAAAAGGCACCAUCUGGUCUACAUUGCCCUGCUGCACAGGUCCGCUCAGUCACCAUGAAGUACGCCAUCAUCGCCGCUCUGUUUGUGUUUGCCCUGGCUCAAGGGAGCCUGGCUCAGGAUGCCUCUCAGGACCUGACCAGGAUCACAGAGUACCUGGAGGAUGCAAAGAACAAGAUGAUUGAGGAGGUGAACAAAGUCUUCCAGCAGAACGACCUGGCCGCCCAGGCCCAGACUAUGCUGGAGGGCUCUAGGACCCAGCUGGAGGCCCUUGCCCCUCAGGUAGAGGAGCAACUGAGGACCGUCCUGUCGACUGUGGAGGAGCAGGUGAAGCCCCUGCAGGAGCAGAUGCAGCCCCUUCUGCAGAACCUCCAGAGAGAGAUGGAGGCUUUAGUACAGAAGCUCACAGAGAAGGCCAAGGCUAUUGCUAACUAAGCCAUGUACCAGUGUGCUAGAGCCCACUCUGAUGUGCUUCAAUGCUGUUUAACAUCUGUCAAAAAACA